UACGUAUCGGGGACUGUGUGUGGUGUAUCGUUGUACCUUGCGAUAAUCAAUGAUCACAGAAAACUCAAGAACUUUGUGGGAGGAAUAUUAUGGUCUAGGAUCCGAGCUUUCUGGAGGCGCUGGUGGCAGGACUGCGAUGGAGUGGGUGAACAUGGUGCGGUGGUGGACGCUGACUCUGACUUCAGUGGUGACUGUGGGAGCCUCCCAGUGGCUACAGACGAGCGAGUCGUGCUACUACCUCCACAACGUCACGCAGACGUUCGACAACGCAAGCGCCACCUGCCGGUCACUUCACAGCCGCUUGGUGACGCUGGAGACGAUGAGCGAGUACGUCACCGUCACAGACUUCAUCGCCACUGCGCCAGAGGUGUGGGUUCACCUGCAACGAACUUACACAACAGAUCCGCUGAAUGUCUGGCCGGACGGGACGCCGGUCAACAGCUCCAUGUGGGUACCCGGAGAACCCAACAACAGCGGCGACUGUGUCCGGCUGGUGAAAAACUACCUGCAAGCCACUGCAUACACCCGCCACCUCCUGGCUGACCACCCGUGUACCAACCUCUACCUGGCCCUGUGUGAGAGACCCUACGUCCCUGCCAAGACAACCAGCACUCGGGUGGUCAGCCCCACCCUGACAGAUCUUUGCCAACUGUUUCAAGUUCCUUCCGCCAGCCUGCUGAGGUGUGCUCAGAUGUGUUCAGAGGAGACAACGUGUAACGUCUACGGGUACGACAAGCGAGCUGAGAGGUGUUCACUGUACAAACACUCCGCCUCGUGCAGUCAGACCGUCGUCAUGACAACUGCAGUCAACUACUACAACCUUUGGCGUUACUGCUACUGAGCUCGCCACCACCGACCACCGACCACCGACACUCGUAACUGCACAUCCUUCUCGUCUGUAAACAUCCUGUAAACAACCCUUACAUUGUGGAAUACGAACACGUAGAUACUUGGCCACGUAGUCGCGUGUGCAGCCAUCUGUGUCCGACUUAAAAAGUCUUUCUGUUUUACUUUCUGUUUCGUGAGCUUCAAGUGACCUCAUAGUAGCCCCCUACACGACGGCACCAACUUCCACCAAGCACACGAACAUAGUUUAAUCUGUCUGCACAGCCUUCAUUAAUCAGCAACAUGGAAGAUGCCCAGUACACUUGCCAGAAAUUAUAUGAAAGAAAUUGUGUUGACAGCGAAUUAGUUCAGGAAUAAGCAAUGAACAAUGACUGUGUCUCCGAGCGACUCCUUCAAGCACUGAGCCAAUGACCGGACCUGGACUUACUGGGUUGGGAUACUGCGAUGGUCAAUGCUUUAUUCCGAAAACAACAGCAAUCGUAAAACUCGUAAACUUUUCACUUGGGAUUUCUUCAUCUCAGAGUUAUCUAUUCGUUGAUGAGGUCAUUAAUGAAAGAAAGUUAACAAUUAAAUAUUUGUAAGAGUGCCCCUCACACUUUUAUAUUUUAAGUUAUAUUUAUUAAAGAAAAUCCCGAGAGGCACUCUAGGUCAUCAUUAUAUCAUAGUUUCUGUUUUACUUUGACAACACCUGUCAGAAAAUGACUUUGACACAAUUAAAUAAUCUAAUAAAUACUUUUCUGUGUUAAGAAAUUGUGAAACUUAUCUUGAUCAUAGAUUGUGAAUGUCAAAGGAAAUGUUGACUUCUUCCCUCCCCCUCCACAAGUGUAGUAAAACAUCAGUUUUGUCAGUAGCCGUUUGUUAAAAGGUGUGUUUAGAACAGGGAGGGGGAGCCUUUUUCCUCCAAGGUCCAUUUUGAUAUGUAUAAUUAUAACAUCAUUUGCGGGUCGUACAAGAUUAUCAGCCUGCUCUGUCAAUGUCUGUUUGGUCAAGAUGUGUUUUGGCUAUGGUAUGUUAAUACUUUGUAAAGUGUACAAUCCCAGCCUGCCUGGCACUGCUGUCCUCAUGACCACAGUCUACCUUGUGUAAUCAGGUGCUCGAAAAAUAUGUUGUGCUCCUAUACAAAUCAUAGCCAAACAACUGUUUGGAGUCUGUAAAAUAUAUGUUUAUGAGAAGAUGUAUCUAGAAUGUAUCUAGAUUACUAGAAAAGAUAAAAUUAUAGCAGAAGGAAAAUCCUGCUAUCUACCGUUUUCAGUCAGCGACCUUGAGACUUUCAACCACCAACAGUUCCCUGAAACGCAGCCGUGGCACCGCUCUACUCAUUGCUAAUUAAUUGUCUAACCUACUUCAAGUAUGUUUAUACCCGGUUUACUCGAAAUUCUGUGUGGUAUUCAUUACGACCGAAAUACCUUUGUGUCAGCGACUGACUUCACGCGAAAACGAUGCAAAAUCCGUUUUUCCCGUGAAAAAGGAAGUGCAGCGACCUCAGCCACCCAUUCAUCACCACGUCAUCCUGUAACGCCACGCACCGAGAUGUUGACCGUGUAUCCGUCAUGUUGUCGUCUCCACUUCGCCCUGAGACUGUCCUCCCACCCCAGUAAUAAGCAGGGGGUGCAGGUAAUUAAGCAUUCAGAAAAAGCCCCGGAGGUCUCGCCCUGCUCGGGGUGGAGAGGGGAGCGCGUCCGGUUGUGUCUGUCACACCGUCUCUUCUGAGUAAAGGGCGACUUGUCCACAGCAACACAUUUAUUCUCUGAAGCGGCAGCCUCCUCAUGCUGACCUCGUGAGGGUGAAGAUGGAUGACCUUCGCGAUGUUGAAUGUUAGACAUGACCCGGGCAUGACACAGUUCUUAAUCCUGACCCUUUGACCGCGGAGGCGCUGUGACAUCUUUGUACCUGACUUCAUCGCAGUAGUGUCAUGGCUGACAUCCUGUUUUCAGCUCUGUUAUCGCAUUUUCCCACCUUGCCGGAUUCAUGUUUAUCCUAUUUGUGAGUCAGGUUGAUGGGUAUAUGUAGGUGAGAGUGAGAAAGGUAAAGAGAGGCAUGGGGAUAAACACACAAGUGCUCGAUCCUUUAUUUGUUUGCUUUUUUUUUCUCUUUUCUUCCUUAUCAAAUGGGAUCUCUGUAUGUGUGUGCGUGUUCAUACGCGACCCCAGGAAAGAAUAUAUUUGUCAACAUGCCAGCUGUUAUGGAAUCUGUUUCAACUAUUGCUUUCCUCUCCCUGCCAGUGGCUAGGACCAAAAAAGGUAUAAAUGAUAUUACAUGUAUAUGAUAUACAAAAAUGUGAUGUUGCUCGCAGACGCUUACUGUAUUUAUGAUUGUUGUCAGGCGCCAUUUGCUGUUUUUGCGAGUCUUCUGUUCUAAAACAGGUGAAUGGGAAAAUCAUAAAUCAUUUUCAUAACAUCACAUUAGGAUACUUCUAUUUAUAUAUUUAUUACAGAUAGUUAUUUCUUUUCUAACAGUACAAGGUCACGUGAGGUUAAAAUGCUCUUUAUACGCUGCUGACAGGAGUGAUAGUGGAGUGCUCCCUGGCAUGAAGUAAAAGACUUUCGAUAAAACCACGUGAAUUAGUCAAAAAGUCUUAAUGCUUGACAGAAAUGACAAUUAAUACUCGUCAGGAAUAUUAUUAUCCCAAUGCCGUGGCAUAAAUCUAGACUUUAUUCUUUUUUCUUGUUGUACUUUGAUCCAUGAAAAUCCAAUCCAAAACUGGGUGAGAGCAGCGGGUAGCCGAUCCGCGAUUAUCAUCUUUUGAUGUUGUUGUUGUUGGAGCGAUGCUUUAACAAUCGUUGACAUAGGUGUGUUGAAAGGUUUCUCUGAACGGCUGGUUUUGUAAGCAUGUUUACGGCUGAUCUAACGCAUAAAUCAGUAACCAGUACAAUCGGAAGAACUCAUUUUAGACAUGUUGCACUGAAAAUGGUGUUGAGGGCCGAAGGGGUUCACGUUCUAUUGUCAGCUUGUGUAGUUGAAGUGUUCACCAUGCAGAGCACUGAAAUUUAAAGGCCGAUAACUACGCUUGUCUUGGUCGAGUUACCAUUAGCAGGAUUUACCUCCCUUGUUUAAGCGUUCAAAUUCUAGCAUCUGGCUGGCUAGCACUCUUCAAUCAGUUAAUUGUCGCAAGGUUAGUUCUUUACUUCUGCUGAAUGUGUGUGUGUACUCGAGAGAUUGUAUAAGUAUCCUACUUUCUUGUAAAGUUCUGUGCACACUACAAAAAAACUCCAGCGUUUUUGUGUUCAUGCAUUUGCGUAUGUGUCGUUGGAAAAGGGAGAAUGAAAUAUAUGUAUACUAUUUACAAUUAUAUUUUAUAUAACAUCAGUUUAAAUUUCUCAAUUACAACCGUGUAGUUUAACAUAUUUACCCCUUUAUAUCCUUCCUGAAACAGAGAGCCGACUCCAGACCUUGUUUCUUUUUUUUUUUUUUUUUUUUGCCGAGGCUUUUUUUUUUUUUUGUCUCUCCAUCUUCUUGAAACAAAUCCUUCGUAUGAAAGCCUUUUAUAGGAGGAAGUCAGGGCACGAGACCCACUACUCUCAUUCCCCGUGCCCCGCGCGCUGUGAGUAAACGCAUUGCAAUCCGCCUCCUCCAUGCCCUUGAUGUGCAUGCAUCUCUGUGACCUGAUGGCUCACGUGCGCGACCUGGCAACGACUCCGCGGAGCACCGACGCUGACCUCGUCCUCGGGGUCACUAAACAGAUGCCCUCCUCCCCUCAGUGUAGGUUAUCUUGCCUGCCUCACGGUGUAGUAGGUUUUAUUUUAUGAAUUGAUUUAUUUAUGUCUGUUCGCUGUCUCGGCAUUGUAGUAAGAAUCUUUACUGCUGCAGGUAUCGCCCGGCUGAAUAUUCACAAAGGGUGGAGAGGUAUCCGUCAUACGGUUCAAGCAGGUGCUUUCCCUUAGUUCACCAGAAUAGGACUUUGUGUUUUGAAAAGACAGGAUAAAAUUGAUGCAGUUGUCAAAAUCUUCCAUAAUGAUUACUUUAAAUAUGUAUAGCACCUAAAGUCCCGCACUCAGUGACCUCAGCAUUAAAUAUGUAUUAUAUACGGGUCGAUAAAGAAUAAUCAAGACCUGAACAGUUUUAUCAUAAGACAAGCACCGUGUUCAGAAUAUGAGAAGAAUGAACAUCUCAUCACCUCUUGAACGCACUUGUAGACAAUCAUGGACACAGACACAGA